AUUCGACUGAACUACAAAUACCAGAGCGCAGUGUCAACUUGUAGUUCUUAUGCAACCUGUAAAACUACAUUACCCAGAAGCGCGUACUUGUCAACAAACAGCACAGUGGGCUAACAGGAAAAGAGGUUUCUGGUGGACUGUGUUUAAAGACUGCUCAUUGGUUGUGGUCUCAGGAAUGCUGGAGAUGAUUGGAGCUCAGGCCAGUGGGUUCACCGUGACACUGGGACUUUUCCUACUCUUUCUGGCUCUUCUCUACUGGUAUUCAGUGUACCCAUUCUCUGUGCUGCAGCGAUGUGGGAUCAGACACCCCAAGCCAAUCCCGUUCUUUGGAAACAUGAUGCUGUUUCGACACGGUUUCUUCGAUGCCCACAGAGACCUGAUCAACCAGUAUGGCAGAGUUUGUGGGUACUAUCUAGGCCGGCGGCCAGUGGUGGUGGUAGCUGACCCAGACAUGCUCAGACAGGUGAUGGUGAAAGAGUUCCAGAAGUUUCCCAACAGAAUGAAACUCAGGGCGGCUACUAAGCCCAUGACUGAGAGCGUGCUCAUGCUGAGGAACGAACGGUGGAAACGAGUGCGCAGCAUCCUCACACCAUCCUUCAGUGCAGCCAAGAUGAAAGAGAUGGUGCCUUUAAUCAAUACAGCUACAGAAACACUACUGAAUAAUCUGAAGUCUUACGCUGAGUCUGGAGAGAGUUUCGACAUUCACAGGUGUUUUGGUUGCUUCACUAUGGAUGUGAUUGCGAGUGUAGCAUUUGGCACACAGGUGGACUCUCAGAAUGACCCGAAUGACCCCUUUGUUCAUCAUGCCUCCAAGUUCUUCUCCUUCUCCUUUUUCAGACCCAUCAUGUUCGUCUUCAUGGCUUUCCCGUUUCUGAUCAGACCCCUCAGCUCCAUCAUACCCAAUAAAUCCAGAGAUGAGAUGAAUGGCUUUUUCAUCAGCUGUAUUCAGAAGAUCAUAAAGCAGAGAGAUGAGCUGCCACCCAAUCAGCGUCGCCGGGACUUCCUGCAGCUGAUGCUGGAUGUGAGGAGCAGUAAGGAGUGUGUGUCUUUGGAGAACUUUGACGUGGUCAACCAUGCCGAUGAGCAGGCUGAGGAACAGCCCCAAGUAGCUGAAGAGGCAGCCAAUGGCCCGGGGAGUUCCGGAGAUGCCCCAAAACGACCCCAGCAGAAGAGGAUGAUGACCGAGGAUGAAAUUGUGGGCCAAGCCUUCCUCUUUCUCCUCGCCGGCUAUGAAACCAGCAGCAACACUCUAGCGUUCGCCUGCUACCUUCUGGCCAUUAAUCCAGACUGCCAGGAGAAGCUGCAGAGGGAGGUGGAUGACUUCUUCACAAGACAUGGGUCAGCAGAUUACACUAAUGUUCAGGAGCUGAAAUAUUUGGACAUGGUGGUGUGUGAAGCUCUGAGACUGUACCCACCAGGAUUCAGGUUUGCACGAGAUGUUGAAGAGGACUGUGUGAUUAAUGGACAGUUUCUGCCCAAAGGAGCUACUCUAGACAUCUCAGCAGGAUUCCUGCACCAUGAUCCACAAUACUGGCCUGAGCCGGAGAAAUUCAUACCGGAAAGGUUCACCCCCGAAGCCAAGGCCAGCCGUCACCCCUUUGUGUAUCUGCCAUUUGGAGCGGGGCCUCGCAGCUGUGUGGGCAUGAGACUGGCCCAGCUGGAGAUAAGGAUGGCAUUGGUCAACAUCUUUAAGAAAUUUAACGUGGUUGCCUGUGAGGACACCAAGGUUCCUCUUCAGUUAAAGUCCAGCACCACCCUGGGACCCAAGAACGGCAUCUUUGUGAAAAUUACCAAGAGAUUGAAUUCAGAUGAUAUAUGAAAAUAGACAAUGAUUACUGUCUGAUUAGAAAAAGGUUUUAUUUCUUAGUUUUACUGUGAGUAUGGCAAUAGGAAUCUGAUAUAUAGACAUUUUUGGCCGCACUAAAACAAUGUAUACUCUAUGCUAUGUUGCAGAAGCUCUGAGGUAGGGUAAGCCUCUUGCCUGAAUCACAGGACCUGAAGUGCCACUUAUCGGCAGUGUGUAUGAUCAUAUUAUCAGCAUGUAUAUCAAUAACUAGAGGAAAGCUCCUUUAAAUCAGCAGGUUGCUCCUUUUUCUGACGAAAAGGUUUUGGAUAUUGUUCACAUUGUUUUUUAAAAACGUGUGUUUUUCAUUCAAAACAGUAAUUCUACCUCAUUACUCCUGAUCACCACUGGCUGGGGUUUCAUCACAGAUCCAUCCUCAUUGGACGACAAAAGUCCAGCUGUUCAAACACUCUGUAAAGAGAACUGUUUGUGUGUCCAGGAGCACAAGCAACCCAAUGCAUCUGUUUUGACGCAUUUUGGCAGCACACUGCGAGUGUACCAUUGUCCAAUAUGCUCAGGGGCACCGGAGAAAUGUCUUUCUGAGGCCCAGUCCUGCAGUUUAAUUCAGUUUCCCAAGAAAAUAUGGGGUUUUAUCCAAUUGCGGAGCUUAUUUGGAACCCAGCUUCUUUGGAACUUGCGAGGUAACAUCCCACAUUACCACUGUGCCAGAAAGGGAAAUAGAUACAUAAAUUGUGCAGCUUUUUGUGUCAUUUUAUUCUGUGUCUGGUAUUGCUGUGUUUGGUUUAGUGCACUGCUGUUUAAAAGGUUCUCUGCAGUAUACAUCUGCAGUCUCUUUAUUUCUGGAUUUCCAAUCCAAAACAUUCUGAUGUGAUCUAAAUUCAUUAACACUGUAAUUGUUAAUCAAUGGUUGAACAAUUAAAUGGAGUUGUUUUUCCAGG